GAAACAGAGGAAACAUUUAGCCAAGCUGGUCCUGGACAUGGACUCUGCUCGCACACGGUUUCACCAGUCGUCCAAGUCCUCCAGUCACCCGAGCAACCUGCAGGCGGGCGGGGCCAAGGGGGAGGCCCUCAGAGAGGAGAUGGAAGAGGCAGCCAAUAGGAUGGAGAUCUGCAGGGAUCAACUAUCAGCGGAUAUGUAUAAUUUUGUGGCCAAAGAAAUAGACUAUGCAAACUACUUUCAGACGCUCAUAGAGAUCCAGGCAGAAUAUCACAGGAAGUCUCUAGAGAUCCUCCAGAGUGUCCUGCCCACCAUUAAGGCUCACCAGGAGGCGUGGGUGGAGAAGCCUUCGUAUGGCAAGGCCCUGGAGGAACACCUGACUAUCAGCAGCAGAGAGAUCGCCUUCCCCAUCGAGGCCUGUGUCACAAUGCUGCUGGAGUGUGGCAUGCAGGAGGAGGGUCUGUUCAGAGUUGCUCCCUCGGCCUCCAAGCUGAAGAAGCUGAAGGCCUCCCUGGACUGUGGUGUUAUGGACGUACAGGAGUAUUCAGCUGACCCCCACGCCAUCGCAGGUUGCCUUACACACCCACACACACAGACAGACACACCCACCCACACACAGUAUAUGAAAACACUUAAAUACACUCCCAUGCAUAGUAUUUGA